AUGUCUCCCCGCAACAUGAAGCUCUCCCUCUCCACAAUCUUUAACACCAGUCCUCACACAGAAGAACGCUCAUCGCGCUCACGCAUCCGCCGCAGCAACAACACCCCGUCCUCAUCGGUCUCACCGGUGCCCAUCUCAGUAGCAUAUUCGUCUACCCAGCCCUACCCAUUCUUAGCUCGCCCGCACACACCCAUCACCAGUCCUGGCGGCGACUCACUCAGCACGACUUCCUCACCUAUGUCAUCCUCAUCAAGCCCGAGCCCGGCUCGCUCUCGCUUGCGUCACAUUCGACGGCAGCCAUCGACUGCAGACCUCGCACUGCACGCUGAGCGGACUGGGCUUUUAAGUGGAGCGGAGAAUCUUGGGUUGGGGUUGCUGGAGCCACGGCCACGGGCGGUGAGCAGUGGGAGCAGUGGGAGUCUGAGCACUAUGAGCAGUGAUGGGAGUGGCAGUCCAAGGGAAUUCUGUUCUUGGGAAGAAUUCUUCUUGCACGAAAACGAGGGGUUCGGCAGGGAGGUUGUGCUGGAUGGCAUCUUCGAGGUUCUGGAACGAGGCCGAUGA